AUGUCUGCGACACCCCCUCCACCAGUACCACCCCCAGGCCAUCCACCCGCAUUCGACCCAGGUCCGACUAUUGGUGCGCUGCUCGUUGGGACGCUUGGGUCGGGCAUUCUCUUUGGAAUCUUCACCGCCCAAUAUUAUCUGUAUCAUGGUCGGUUCCCAGAGGAUACAUUCGGCAUGAAGGCGCUGGUUGCUGUUGUAUGGAUAUUCGAGCUGGUCCAUGUCAUCGCUAUCAGCCACGUCACCUACACCUACGCCGUCACUGACUACGGAAAUCCUCUCAGUCUUCUGGGCAAAAUGCCCGCGACGUUGGCGCUUUCUGUACUCUUGGGAUCUAUCAUAACUGGAGUCGUGCAGGGCUUUUUCUCAUUCCGCAUCUGGACCCUCGCGCCAAACAAGUUGUUCAAAAUGAUCUCGAUCGUCCUGUGGACCAGUGCAUUCGUUUAUGUCGUCGGCGCGGUAGCAAAUACCGUCCUCUCGAUCGACUCAACAAACAUUCCGACCUACAUUGCACGAUAUAAUUGGCUCCUCCUUGCGCCUACCGCUCUCAAUCUUUUCAACGACGUUACAAUCACACUCUCGCUCGUCGGUAUCCUGCUUCUAACUCGCAAGGGUGGAUUCGGCAAAACAACAAUCCUUGUGGAUCAGCUUAUAAAAUGGACAAUUGAGACUGGUUUGGUCACCAGUAUCUUCAGUUGCUUGAAUCUGGCUUUCUAUAUCCAAGAACCUCACAACUUUGUCUGGAUUGCCCUACAAAUAGUAAAAGCACGUUUGUUCGCCAAUUCGUUGCUUGCUUCCCUCAACUCGCGGGAUACCCUGCGCUCCAUGAAGACCACGCACGCCGAGUGGGGCUCUUCUGGCGGAAACCGGUCGCGAAAUAACUAUGGGGGUAACACGGGCAACCCGGGCCUUACGCAGACGGGCACGCUGAAUAUCGCGAUGACGACGGUGACCCUCGAGGAGCGAGAUGAUGCGCUCGGCUCGCAGUAUGGGUACAAGAGCAAGUAG